CUCAGCUUAAAAAUGCCAUUUUUUGGUUGGAUGAAAUGGUCAAAAACUGAUUCCUACAAGCCCACAAGAUGUCCUGGAUCAGAAGUUGUUACAAAAACCCUGCUGAGGGAGUUGAAAUGGCACCUGAAAGAGCGUGAAAGAUUAGUGCAAGAGAUCGAAAACGAACAAAAAGUCCAGAAGACUGGCAUGGAUUACAACUGGCUCAAGAACUACCAGAACCCUCAAGCAACAAUUCCAGCCACUGAGCAACGGCAGCUCGAAGUUCUGUGCUCACAAAUCCAGCCUUGUCAAACGGGAACUGUUCUCAGCAGAUUUCGUGAAGUUUUGGCAGAAAACGAUGUCUUGCCCUGGGAAAUAGUCUACAUAUUCAAGCAAGUUUUAAAAGAUUUUCUCACCACCACUGAGAGAGAGAAUCAACCAGAGCAGCUGGCAGAUGCAUGGGAUACAAACUGUCCUGAACAUUUCACUCCGGGCGGCGACAGCUCUAACAAGUCGGACAAGGAUGAAAUCCCCACUGUUUCAAGUUAUGUUGACAAGAACACACACAGCAUGUUUCCCACCUUCUCUCAUAGAAUCUGGAAUCUACCCUAUUACUACCCAUCAAGUUAA